AUGUACGCGGCGCCGACGACAGCGACGAUGCCGCCGGCCGUGACGCACGACGACCUGUCGCUGCGCAAGGCGCAGGAGCGGCGCGCCGCGCGGUCCGGCGGCCAGGUGUCGCACUACCUCAUGACCGUGGGCGGCAGCCAGGAGCAGCUGGACGUGUGCAUCUACAACAGCAGCGGCCGCCUCGCGCUCGCGUACGCCGUCGGCGCCUUCAUCCUCCUCGCCGUCGCCAUGUUCGCGGAGCACGCCUACAUGCUGGUCGCCGUCGCCGCCCCGGAGUCCGCCUCCCCCGGCCUCGCCGUCGCCCAGGACCACCCGCGCGUCGCGUCCACCGCCGCCGCGCUCACCUGGCAGACCGGCUGCCUCUUCUUCCUCACGUCGAUUUGCUUCGGGCUCGCUGAGGUGAUGCUCAUGAUCGGCAUCGCCGUGGAGUCCGGCCACAUGAGCGACUGGCGGAAGCCGCGGCCCGUGUGCCACCGGGUGCGCCCGGGGAUGUUCGCGGCAGCGGGCAUCCUGGGGCUCAUCACCGUCGUCGUCGGCUUCGUGGGCUACAUCACGGCCGUGCAGGCGCAGCGCCUGCGGGGACAGCAGUACCACCACGGCGGCGGCGGCCACUUCGUGGGCUACGGCGCUCCCCAUCCGGGCGCGCAGCACCAGCACCUGCGCCCGCCGGUGCCGCACCCACACGGGCCACACCCUCAUCCGGUGCCGUCCGCGCCGGAGAUAACGGCGGCGCCGUGCCAGGUGCAACCCAGCCGUGCGUCUCUCAUCACCAAGGAGGCCGCCGACGUGUGA